AGAUAAGAUACAAGAUAUGGUCCAUAAUGUUAGACCAACAUAACGAUAUGAAUGCAGUUUAUGAGGUGUAGCGAUGGCGAUCUACUACCGUCUAUUUAUUUCAGGACCCAGGUUUCGACGAUGCUGGAUAUUCCUGAUUAUUGUCACCACCGUAGUCUUGCUUUUAUUUAUCGUUGUUCCCUGGACUAAUAAAUGUCAGAACACGCAAACUAUAAUCAGAGAUUGGAGUAUCUUUUCGAUAGACAAUUCCACAGAAUAUCAACAGGCUCACAGCGUACUUUCGGACUCAUCUUUCAGACGUCAGUUUAGAGGCGAAGAAAUUCGGCACUUGGCAUUUCUUAAAGUUCAUAAAGCUGCAAGUUCUACUGUCACCAGUAUAAUUCAAAGGUUUGGAUGGGAAAGGAACUUGAAUUUUUUACUUCCAGCGCGAAGUCCAAAUCUUAUCAGCCAAAACGAAAGCAUUAAUGUCAACAACAUUAUAAGUGACAAAGAUGCGACAUUUGAUCUCCUUUGUAACCAUGUUAUCUAUGACAAAGAACAGUUUACAAAAUAUCUACCCAAAGAUACAGUAUUUAUUGGAAUUGUUCGAGAACCAUUCGAUCAAUUUGUGUCGUCCGUUUAUUACUACAAAUAUAGGUGGAGCGUCCCUUACCUUGCUCGCCUGCCUUCUAUCAACCCAGUGAAAUACCUACUAGAAAGCCCAAAUCAAUACGAACCUAAAAAAAGACAUGAUUCCUACACAAGAAACAGAAUGUCUGUUGACUUCGGUUUGCCUGAAGAACUCUUACAUACUACAGAUAAACGAAAGAUUUUGCCAUAUCUUCAGGAACUGAAUUCUGAGUUUAAACUCGUAUUAAUUAAAGAAUAUUUCGACGAAUCUAUAAUACUUCUCCGAAGAAUGUUGAAUUGGAAUCUGCGAGACGUGCUCUAUGUAAGCAAGAACCCCUUGAAAUACGUUCCAAAGAUAAACGUUCGUGACAGACAUCGACAUAAGCAGCAUUCUUUCCUGGACUACUGUUUGUACAACUUCUUCCUGAGAGUUUUCUGGAAGAAGGUGAGGCAACAGGGAGAGGACUUUCACAUGGAGGUUGCGUAUUUUCGACAGUUGAGAUCAGCUGUAGAAGACUUUUGUAACGAGGAGAAAAGAAAUCCUGCAUUUAAAAGGAGAGUAUUUGAGGCAGAGGCGAACGAAUUUCAUCCAGAUAUUGCCAUCAAUAAAGACUUGUGUGAACUCAUGACUCUUAACGAAGUUGAUUUUACAAAUAAGCUGAAAUGGCGACAGUUUCCGAAUCUUCGACCGUAGUAUACUUGAAACAUGUCACUUUUUGAUGGGAUUUUAAAGGAGUGUGCAAGUUAACUAACAACUUUAUAUAAUCAUAAUUUUAUUGAAAAAUAUAAUGAUAUUAUUAACAAAUAAUGAUUUUGCGCUUACUGCUAAUUUGUUGACAUUAGUAUUUUGCUUGGGUAAUUUGAUUUUUAUAACAUAAUCCAAAACGCUGCAUUUUUACAGUAGAAAAAGUAAAAGGUAGCUAGUGGUUUGUUUUUUUAAUAUUAAGGGUAAAUGGAAGCUCCAGUAAGAAAUAUGAACAGUUACUAUAUUUUCGCGUGGGCACCAUUGAGGAACAGAAUAUACUUGGAAAUACUGAUUUAAAACAUAAUAUUGACAAGUUCACACAUUUCUUUUCAAAUAUCAAUCAGACUCGAGGUUGCUAGUAGCAUAAUGUUUUCUCAGUGAUAAAGCCUACAUAAAAAAUCAUUUACCCCCUACUAAAAUAAAAUUGCUAGCCUGACAAAGGCAACGAGUUUUUAAAUAUUUAUGCCUGAUCGGUUUAUUAUUCAUAGAUAUGCCUAGAUUAUCUAAUCAAUAAGGAAUUCUCGAGAUAUGUGAAUACUACUGUUUUCAGCAAUUUUUUCACCACGAUAGAAAAAUAAUCGGAAAGCGUCCAAAUGAACUGGACAAGCAAAUAGAUUAAUGAAAAUAAUUAAUAAAUAAAAAUAGAUUAUGAGCCGUUAUCGCCGAGUUUUAAAUGUUAUCACAAGCGUACCUUUGGAAGUAGAUAAUAAAGCUAGCGCACUUUGGUUAUUAUAAUGAUAGGAAAACAAGACAUCAUUUUCUUUUUUUUUUCUAAGUCAGACAUUGUAACGAUACACAUCGCAAAAAAUGGUAAGCAAACCAUAUUCUUAAAUACUGGGAAAGCUUUUACAGUAUUUCGUCAUUUCUGUCAUUCAUUUAUCAAAUAGAAUAGAAUUCUUCUAAGAUAUUUCAAGAUUGGUUUUGGUAAUCCAAUUUACCUUAUUUGUUUAUAUGAUGUCCAAAAAUAACUAGUGUAUUAAUUUGAAACAAUAUAAAGAAAUUGUUGUCAAUUUAAUGAAAAAAUUGUUGUCAAAGAGCAAGAUAAAGAAUUAUAGCAAUGCGGAUACGCUGUCAAACGGUUAAAUGGAUAAAAAUAAUCAUUAAAAUGUUUCAUUUUAUGAUGAUUUAUUAAGAAUUUAGGUUUUAAAAAAGUAUGUGUGUAAAGGACUAUAUAUGAUAUGGGCCUAAAAUGGCCCCCUAAAAUGACCAUCAUCAUUCUACUGUUAUUCUUUGUUUUCUUUAUACAGAUAUUUAUGUGAUGUUUUUACAUUAUGUUCAUUUUGAUUCAAGUGCCCACAAUUUAGAAAUAUGAUAUCAUAAAGACAACCUUUUCCCGCCAUUUUUGCAAUCUUAGCAUAAAACGGCUUGUUUUCAAGCAGUUUUUCUUUCAGAAAACUUAGAGCGCAUGCUCGAACAAACAAAAUAUUUUAAUCAGAGAUGUAACUAGCCAAGACUUAUAACUGACACAAAAAUUGUUCAAGCAUGCGCUCUAUAUUUCCCAUUCGUUAAAAGAUGGGGGAAAAUGUCAAUUUUUGACUGAUUUUGAUUAAAUUAUAGAAAUAGCGUCACUUCUGACGUCACAUACUGCAAGUGAGUGCAAAUAAAUCAAACAAAUAGGCGAAAAAUAUAUUUUAUGUCAACUCUUCUAAAAAAUAGCACAACAUUUUAUAGUUCCCCAAACACUUUAAAAAAUGGCGAAUUAUGGGGCCAAAUUCAACUCAUAUCAUCUAAAGUUCUUUGGUUUCUUUCCUAAUUGAAAUCGGAGUUUUCCUGUAUGCCACGUACUUUCUGUUCUUGGUAAUACUUACUUUGUAAACACAAACCCCCAAUACAAUGUAUUAUCUUGUCACAAUUUUGUCAAAACAUGUUCUGAGUCAAGCGGAAAAAAAAAUAUAAUCUCUUGUUUAAGCCAAAACUAUCUCUUAAUUAACCCAUUUUCUAAUCCCUUCCUAUUUUCUUGUUGAAAAAAAUAGAGGAAGUAGGAAUAAAUUUUGUAGAAAUAAUAAACCUGCUAGACAGUAUUACCCAGACCAAUGAAGACGUUGGGCUUAGAAUGAGUACCUUGUUAUAUUUAUUACAUGUUUAAAAUUUGAUACGCUUCGCAGAUUUUCCCUUCACUAUAAUAACUCCCCUGUAGUCGCUAAUUCGACUUCGGAUCCAAGGAACUACCAAAUGAUUUAUAAGAUUUCACUGUGAUAAAACAAUCACUAUUCUGUGUUUAGAAUAAUUUUCAGAUGCAGUAUUAAUCAAGAAAAAGGCGUUACGCAUUUAUGUCUGUAAAUGUUCUAGCUGCAGCACUGUAGCUCUAAUAGAAAUUCGGGUUGACAGACCGCAG